UCAACACAUGGUUCGAAGCUCCAGUAAACAGCUAGUCUGUAGCUGAAGAUUUUCAUUUAUUAUGGACUCACACACGCUGGUGACCGUCUGACGCUUUUCUCCCCAUGCAGCGUGCAGAUAGCUGAUUUACAGUUCCGUUUUGGUGGAUGGAUUUUGCUGUAUCACCAUGUCUCGAAAACCGACAGAUGAUGAACUGUUCGAGCAGUUCUUGAAGGAGUCUGUUUCAGAUGACUCUGUGGAUCUGGGUGGGUCUGACCACCAGUCCGGCACUGUCGACUCCCAGUCUGCCCAGAAACCAACAACGCCAUGGUGGGAUGAUGACAAAUGCGACGAAGGACGAACAGAGAGAGCACCAAAAUCUCCAAAAACCUUCAGAAAGUCUUUGAGGAGGUCUCAGCCAAUUGAAGAGGAAGAUCAGGUGGAUCCAGGAAACACUGGCUUGCAAGAAGAGAGAGGCGAGGCAGAGGUAGUGAAAAUGACCAAUAAGGGCCUGGACACUCUGGAAGAAGAGGAGGAGAAGGCCAGGUUCUUUGCUCAACUGGAAGCAGAGGCUUUAUCUGAUAUAGAUUACUCCAAGCUCAACAGAGAGCUGGACCUUUCAAGUUCUACCAUUGAUAGUGACCUCAGGAAAGCGGGAGAAAGAGUGGAGCAGAGUGAUGAUGGAAUCACUAAGUCUGCAAGACACUCUCCAGACUCUCCUCAUUACAGUGAGGAUUUUGAAGAUGAGGAUAGUGGACGUGAACCACUGCAUGAGGAGUCUAAUAUGUCACCACUGCUUACUAAAGGCCAGAUUUAUGUGCAGAGUGGAUGCUCAGAUAUGGAGGCUCUUCAUGAGGCUUACAUGCAGAUCAGUCACGACGUCAGAGAUUCAGAGGACCAGAAGUUGCUUGAUAUAGCCAUGGAAGGGAAGGAGCCGAGCAGCAGAUGUUUAUCUUCAGAUUUCCCUCCUCAACACAGCAGAGAAUCACUGCAGCCUGCUUCCACAGCUGAGUCAGACUUGCCUACUGCAGAAGAACUGUUGAGACCCAUCCGACCAGAGAGGGACCAUAUUGGAGGUUUCACUGUCCAGCCUGACAGUGCUGCAGAACCUGUCCAAAGUGGGACACCAUGGUCCAUGGAAAGAACUUUUCUGAGUGCGAGUUCCCCAGAGCCACACCUUAAGCGACCAGUGAUUGCUGAGCCUGCUGUCCAGGUAGAAGGAGCAAGAUCCCCAGACUCCGUCAUACACAGCCUGACAUGGAGCAUCAGAGAUGAAGUACAGCGACUGAUGCAGGAUCAUAACCCAUCCUCUCAGACUGGAAAAGCAAAGAAACAGGCCUCUAGUGGUCCCAGAGUUGGUCGUCCCUCUUCAUCUAUACGAGGGAAACCCACUGUGGCUCCCGUGAGAAGCAGCAGAGUGCAGGGUAGACCAACAGUAGCCUCAAGGAUGUCAGGACCACGAUCUGCUGUCUCAGCAAAAACCUUAUCUUCUGUUCCUCAUACCCCGAAAUCUCCCAAGAGCCAAGACUACUGCAGUGACACAGAGGCAGAUCUGAAGGUGCACAGUGACCUGAAGCCAUCAACCGUUGAUGUCCCUGAACCGUUGGUUGACCCCAGCAGCCAUCCAGAAUCCACACAUGCUGAGGAAGUCAAAGGGCCUCAGGAUACCAGACUGGCUGAACACAUCACGAAAAAGAAUAACGAAGUGGAUAGUCAUGUGAUCCAUGAGCUGAGAGUCCAGCUGAACCAAAAAGACAAGCAGCUGGAGACUAUGCACGAGCACAUGGAGGAGCUCCAGGCACUCAAAAAGCAAAACUACCUGCUGCAAAGCAAAUUACACAGUGCAGAGGAAGAAUGCCAGAAAAGUAGGUGGAUGGAUGCUGCAGAUCCUGCUGCAAAGGAAAAGCUCCAGCUAAGUGAAAAGGAAAUCAGAGAGCAGGAGAUGCUCAUUAAGGGCUACCAACAGGAGAAUGAGAAGCUGUAUUUCCAGAUGAAGGCUCAACAGGCCAAGAGUAAAGCCAAUGAGGAGGCCAUGUUCAGAGAGAACCAGAGGCUGCUGAGAGAGCUGUCACUCACAAGGGAGCACCUGAGCAAAACUCCACAACCUUUGGAGAAUGUGUGUCCAGUGGGUCACAGUCAGCAGACUGCAGACCUGUUGGCUCAGAUAUACACAUUUCAGAGGAAUGAGGCCAAGCUGACUGAGAACAUUCACAAACUAGAGCAGGAAAAACAAACUCUGGAAGUAAAACUGCAGCUAAUGAAGACAAAGAGACACGAGGGUAAAGGCCAUGUCGUGCCUUCUUCGGGUGGUGAGAGCUUGGAGUUGAGUGUUCUGGAGGAGCGGCACAGAGAGAAGGUAGCUGCCCUACAGCAGAAGUUCCAGGAGCAGUUGGAAAAGGAUGCUGGGAGGCUAAAAGAAGCUACAACUCAAACACAUCAACUCACAGAACAGGGGCAGUGCCAUUUGCCAGUCAGAAGACCAAUAUGGAAACUUUUCACCAGUGUUGUGAAAAAGCUCCAAAAGAUUGUGGAGAAAAGAAGCAGUCAGCAACAGAGAACAGCUGAAUACAGAACUGCAGAAACUAAGAGGAUUCAGGACCUGGAGAGACAGGUCAAGGUGUUAGAGGGAAAACUGAAAACUAGGAACCCAACACUUUCUGCUCUGGUCUGUGCUGCAAAUAUGGCUGGAAAUAAUGACCAAGACGCUGCUGCAAUGACAUCCCCACAAGACCACGUCAAGGACCUGUUGAAAAGGGAAAUUCAACACUUGAGACAUGAGCUGGAAAACCAGGAUAACAAGGCCAAGCAAGCCAUACAGGCCCUGGAAAAACGGUUUCAGUCAACCAAGCUCCAGUACGAACACCAAAUCUCUGAGGUGCAGCAACAGCUGGCAGAGAAGCAACAGCUGGGAUCACUGAGCUCUGGGACUGAAGAAUGGCUUUCGCAGAUCCAGGUCCUGAAAGAAGAGCUGCAGCACUUGAAUGCAAGCCACCAAGACAAAGAGAAAUCCCUCCACGGCAAGAUAGAGUUUCUCAAGCAGCAGCUUAAACAGCAGGCGCAGACGACCCCGGGCCGCCACCAGCGUCAGGCUGAGGAGGCUUACGGAGUAAGGAUAGAGCGUUUGAACCAAGAAGUCGCCACCAAGACCCGAACCAUUCAGGAGCUGACUCGCACUGUGCAGAGACUCCAGAAAGAGAGGAGCAGCAUGUUGUGUGUCUCAAGUCCACAACAUGAACGCAAACCGAAGGAGACCCAUGCCCCUCCUAUUUCAGGAGAAGAUCGUCGAGAUAAAGAAAUAUUUCCGGCUUUUCAUUUUGAGAAGGCCUAUGAGCCCAGUGUCUACUCAGACGUUGUGCAGGAGGAGGUGGUUCUCAGGCAGCGCUUAGAGGCCCUCGAGCUGCAGAAUGAGAAGGAGAAAGACUCAUUAAAAGCUGAAGUUGCACAAGCCAAGGAUGAGUUACGCAGGAUGAAGGAGCACUUUGAAGAGCAGCAUUGCACCAUGAAGAAAGAACACCUCAGGGAGCUGGACCAUCUCCAUGCAGCCCACGCCAUGAAAUACGCAUCCUCCAAGGUUGCUGAACUCGCCAAUGAGCUCAACACUCAGCAGAUAAUGGUGAAGCAUUUACAGGACCAGCUGAAAGAGUUCCAAGAGACCAGAAAUGCUCUUCGAGUAUCUAGAACUCGAGAAAACAUCCUGCAAGACCGUCUGAUGGCACUGCUGACGGAGUUGAAUGACGCCAAGAAAGCCCAAAGCCCAGUCGCCAAACUGAUCGGAAGCCUGGAAAAGAAGAUCCUCAACAUGGAGCUCAGACACCAGCAAAGAGAAAAAGAACUGCAGCAGGUGAUCGAUGGACCACUGCAGGCUGAUCAGCAGUCAGAGGCGGCUCGAUGGAAACAUUUGGCCCAGAACAGGAGCAGAGACCUGGGCAUCUUCCUCCGGGAGCUGGACUACAUCCUGGAUAUCGUUCGAUAUCUCCAAAGUCGAGGCACAGUGGUCCACAUUCCUGAGUCCUCAGGCGCGGUCUCUGUGCACCAGCAGCUUCUCACUGAAAGUCCACAGCUGUAAAUCAAUCCAUCACAAUUACUCAAUUAUCUUUUAUUUAAAUACUUAUAAUUUAUUGAAGAGAUUUAUAUUUUUGUUGAAAAUAAAUACUUUCUAAAGAUUUG